GCCACUCACUCUGUCUUUACUCUUAACUAGGACGAGUUUGAAAUGAAGAAUUAUCAUAUUUGAGAUUUGAGAGGCUUUUCAAUAUCAAUUGUCUGUCUGUGUGUGAUUAAUAUGGUUUCUUCGGAGAAAGAUUCUGACUCCACCAUUUCAAACAAAAUUCAGCGACACAUCGGAAUGUCCAUGCGAACCAUACGCUCCAAUAUAUUCCAAGAUGACCAUGCUUGCUCCGAAAGAUCCACCUGCGUCUCUAACAACUUGACCGGUACCCUCAUAGACCUCGCUUCUCGAAACAACAAAUCCGUUAAAUCUUCCUCCGUUACGGAAGAACAACUCCUCGAACUUUCUCAAGCUUUCAGCGAUUUCUCCGCUUGUAGCAGCGAUAUCUCCGGCGAGCUCCAGAGGCUUGCCACCCUCCCCUCAUCGGAAAACAACCACGCGGCUGCUGACGUCGACAAGCAACCUGAGCCUGAGCCUGAACCCUGCGUAGGGUUCCUACAAAGGGAGAAUUUCUCCACCGAGAUUAUCGAGAGUAUUUCGCCGGAAGAUCUUCUGCCGACGGUGAAGAUCUGUAUCGAAGGGUUACGAUCGACGUCUGUCGCCGUUAAGCGAUCGGCGGCGGCCAAGCUGAGGCUGUUGGCCAAGAACCGAGCUGAUAACCGUGCUCUUAUAGGUGAGUCCGGUGCGGUCCCUGCUCUGAUUCCAUUGCUCCGGUGCAGUGAUCCGUGGACGCAGGAACACGCCGUGACGGCGUUGCUGAAUCUGUCUUUGCUGGAAGACAACAAGGUGCUGAUAACGAAUGCGGGUGCUGUGAAGUCGCUGAUUUAUGUGCUUAAGACGGGGACGGAGACUUCGAAGCAGAACGCGGCUUGUGCGCUUCUGAGCCUUGCGUUGGUUGAAGAAAACAAGAGCUCCAUCGGUGCUUGCGGGGCAAUACCACCGCUUGUUUCGUUGCUGUUGAGCGGUUCAAACAGGGGAAAGAAGGAUGCCCUGACGACGCUUUAUAAGCUGUGUUCGGUGAAGCAAAACAAGGAGAGGGCGGUGAGUGCCGGAGCGGUGAAGCCCCUGGUGGAUCUGGUGGCGGAGCAAGGGAGUGGUAUGGCUGACAAGGCAAUGGUGGUGCUGAAUAGCUUGGCGGGGAUUGAAGAAGGGAAGGAUGAAAUUGUGGAACAAGGUGGAAUAGCUGCUCUUGUGGAAGCAAUUGAAGAUGGGUCGGUGAAAGGAAAGGAAUUUGCUGUUUUGAUUCUUGUACAGUUAUGUGCUGAUAGUGUUAGGAACAGAGGUUUGCUUGUGAGGGAGGGUGGGAUUCCUCCACUGGUUGCUCUUUCUCAGGCUGGGACUGUUCGAGCUAAACACAAGGCUGAGAUACUCCUUGGAUAUUUGAGAGAAUCAAGACAAGAAGCAUCCUCUUCAAGUCCUUAGAGAAGUAAUUACUACUUAGGAAGAUAAUUAUAUAUUAUAAUUGGUUGUUGUACAUAGAGUGCUUUUGAUGAUUUGUAACUUUGUACAGUGUGCAUGUUUUCCAAUUAGAAGCCAGCGGUAGACUGACGUUUAGAUGAUUUAUCUAGGUUCAGGGUUUCACUUUCCCUUUGUUAAAUUUGGUAUUUUUCCGGGAGUUAUGUGGUUGU